AUGAACGGAUACGCGGAGGAGCAGCCACAGGCUGCGCAGGAGCAGAUUCAGAUCCCGCAGGGACCGACCAACCAGCCGAACAUCCUCGUUCGCAACCUGAACCGAGACGAGACGACGUUCCAUCUCAGCGGCGUCGACAUGGCGUAUGCAAACUCGCUCAGGAGAACAAUGAUGGCGGAUGUUCCCACCUUGGCUAUCGACCAGGUGUCUUUCUACCAGAACACGUCGCCCAUUCCCGACGAGAUGCUUGCCCACCGUCUCGGUAUGGUGCCGCUGAUCUCGCGGGAUGUUGGUAAGGGACUGAGGUACACGCGUGACUGCGACUGCGACGAAGGGUGCUAUUACUGCAUGGUCACGCUGCGGCUGAAGGUGUCUGCUGUGAACCGCGAGUACGGCAGCCCAAUGGCCGUCACGAGCGACAUGCUCGAGGUUAUCCCGAGCCCGAAUACUCCCCAACAGAGCCCGUAUGGCCCUCCGCCCGACAUUGGUGAGGAGGAGCGUGAACUGAUUGCGCACCACGAUCCCGAGCUCGGUGUACCGGUGGGCAAGGGCGACCCAACCGCGUCUCCGAUCCAGUUAGCCCGUAUCUCGCGAGGACAGGAGAUCGAGGUCAUUUGCAAGGCGUACAAGGGUAUUGCGAAGCACCACGCCAAGUGGUCACCCCUCUCAGCCGUCGCGUACGAGUACGACCCGUACAACAAGCUGCGACACACCGACUACUGGUUUGAGACUGACGCCGCCGCCGAGUGGCCCCUGUCCGCGAACGCCAAUUUCGAGACGCCUCCGAACCCGAACGAGCCGUUCGACUUCAACGCCGUCCCGAGCACGUACUACAUGACUGCUGAGAGUGUGGGCUCCGUCCCCGUCCGCAGCGUGUUCGAGCAAGCGUGCGACAUUAUGGUCGAGAACCUCGCGCAGGUCAUUCUCGCCGUUCAGCAGGAGACGGGUGUGGACGAGGACGAGAUCGGAGAGGGAGAGGGCAUCGUUGAGCCUGGUAUGGGCAUGAAUGGAGGCGAGUACGGAGGCGGCUACGACCAGAACGGAGGAGGCUACGAUCAGUGGAACGGAGGCGGUGGUGGUGGCGGCGGCGGCGGCCCCGGAUGGGCGGGCACAGGCAUGAGCCCCCUCAGGCGGUAA